AUGGUUUCUAUCAAAGAACUCGCUUUCUUUGCGUUGGCCACUGGUCUGGCAUCAGUCAACGCUCAAAGUACCGGCAAGACCACCAGGUACUGGGACUGCUGUAAAGGAUCAUGCGGCUGGACCGAAAAGGCAGUAGUCUCUUCACCUAUCCAGAGUUGCGACAAGUCAGACAACCCAAUUGCGGACAUGGCUGCCAAGAGCGGCUGCGAGAGCGGCGGACAAGCAUACAUGUGCACUGGCCAGAGCCCAUGGGCAGUUGACGACAACCUGGCUUACGGAUUUGCCGCUGUCAAACUCGCUGGCGGUAGCGAGAGUUCCUGGUGCUGUGCUUGCUACGAAUUGACUUUCACAUCUGGCCCCGUCAGUGGCAAGAAGAUGAUCGUCCAAGCCACCAACACCGGUGGAGACCUGGGACAGAACCACUUCGAUCUUGCCAUGCCCGGUGGUGGUGUUGGCAUCUUCAACGGCUGCACGGCUCAGUUUGGAGCCCCUUCCAGCGGUUGGGGACAACAGUACGGUGGCAUUUCGCAGCGCUCCGAGUGCGACAGCUUCCCCGAGAAGCUCAAGGCCGGCUGCUACUGGCGCUUCGACUGGUUCAAGAACGCCGACAACCCUGAUGUUUCCUUCAAGAAGGUUACUUGCCCGGCUGCCUUGACUAACAAGACUGGCUGCAUCAGGAAGGAUGAAGCCGGAUCACAGCCAGAGGACUCUCCUGCCAGGCCAUCAACCUCACUCGUGCCCAUGCCUUCACCCACGCCUGAAGCCUCAGCCAACCCCCCUGUUCAGCAGGACACUCCUGCCCCAGAGGAGGAGGCUCCUGCCCCAGAGGAGGAGGCUCCUGCCCCAGAGGAGGAAGCUCCUGCCCCAGAAUCUCCCGCCCCUGUCAACUCUCCCGCUCCGGUCAGCCCUCCCGCUAAUCCCGACAGUCCCUCUUGGCCCAUGCCCUCCAAGGCACCUGGCGGCAACAGCUGCCUCAGACGCCGCGCGCGUCACUGA